CACUGUCGUUUUGGAUGCCUCAUGAACCUUCCUAAGGACUGAACCUACAAGGAAAGUAUUUUCAUUUUUAUUGAAUUCAAUUUGGUAAUGUUUUCAUUUCACGAGAAAGACCUCCAAGGCAGCAGUCUGAAAACACCAAUUUCCACCGCCAAGUCGCUACGGGGAAGCCCAAAAAAGGGUGCCUAGAAAUCGGUUACAUAUCCGAUAGCAACGCGGGAAGUUGUUUAUAAACAAACAUCCCCUUUAUUCAAUCUUGCUGUAUCAGCCCAAACAAGAUAAAUAUUUUGGUUAUUUACAUUCAUCAUGGAAGCAUUUUUUCAGGAAAACAGAGAGUCGUACAUUAAGCAGGUGGCUGCCUUCAAACCUGCGCCUGGGCAAGCCGCCGGCGGUGGCUCCGAGUCGGGUGGGGAUACAUCCAUAGGCGCACGUAUCCGGCCGCUGCUCCCGAAAGAGAUUGAGGAUCAGGAAGUUACUGGCGUCUACGCACGCUCUGAAGAAGGAUUCGCAGAUGUCCACGAGUUACGACGAAAAGUCAAUGGCCAGCCAGCAUUAAACUCGUCCAGUUUCCGACUCGACAAAGUGUACGGGCCAGACCAGACGUCUGAAAAUGUCUACCAUGAUCUUGUAGCUCCACUGGUUCCCUGGGCAUGGGGGGGUGGGAUCAGCACUUUGUUUGCCUAUGGCCAGACAGGAUCCGGGAAGACGCACAGUGUAAGCGAGUUGGAGAAACUGGCCGCUGCCGAGCUUAUGAAUGGCAAACUUGAGGGCAGCCGCGAUAUAUAUAUAUGCGCAUUUGAGUUAGUUGGAAAAGAAGCGUUUGACCUCUUAAAUGACCGCCGAAAGAUUGUUGUCAUGGAAGAUGCCUUUGGCGAAUCCCAACUCGUAGGUGCUAUUGAGGAAAAGCCGGCCACUGCCGAAGAACUUCUUUCGCAUAUUGAGCGCAGUAUGUCUUUCCGAAAGACAGCAGCCACUGUCAAGAACGACAGUUCUUCCCGCUCUCAUGCGGUUUGCCGUAUCAGGAUUGUGAACAGAGAUGUCACCGAUGCGCCAGAUGGUCUUCUAUUCCUUGUUGAUCUCGCUGGAAGUGAGGUAGAUAGAGACGUCAAGGAGCAUUCCAAAGACCGGAUGAAAGAGACUCGAGAUAUCAAUAUGUCUCUAUCAACGCUAAAGGAUUGCAUCCGAGGCAGAGCAAUGUGGAAUAUGACGGAUGGUGUGGCCUCAAACAAGAGAGCGAUGAAUGUCCACGUUCCAUUCCGGAGCAGCGUCCUGACGAAAGUGCUAAAGCAUGUCUUCGACGUAAAGGGCGACCGUUACUGCAAAACCGCUAUUCUGGCCUGCGUUAAACCCAACGCAGCAGAUGCCGGACCAAGUAAAAACACCCUGCGGUACGCCGAGCUUCUCCGUGUGCCGGUCCCAAAGACCAAGCCCGCAGCCUACAAUGUCAAUAUACCAAGCACCUGGUCCCACGAAGCCCUCACCGAAUGGAUCGAGAAGAACUCCGGCACCCCAGCCAUCUCUCACGCCAUCGUCGCCCCCACCGAAACAGGAACCCAACUAUGUAAACUCCCUAAAGGCGAGUUUGUCGCCCGCUGCCUCAAAUCCCCUGAUAUCUCCCCUGAACAUGCCCGUGCCUUCUACGAUAAGCUAUGGCGUCUGCACAUUGACUCACGCAGCGCCCGUAGUGCCGCCUCCGAGUCAGCUCCUGCCGUAUUGCCCGGAGAUGCGCCGGCUACGAAGUCAGAUGUGCCUUUUCAGGACCGUCUGCGACCAGGGAUGGUGGUACGAAUGAAGCCGGGAUUUGGGGGUUAUACAAAGUACUACAUGAUCCUAAGCCCCGAUGGGGCGUUUGAAAAGGAUGCGAAGAGCCGAGAAGAGGUUAUGGCUAAAAGGGUAUAUAUCUGUGCGCCAGUCGUGGACGCUGUGAUGGCGGAUGCGUAUAAUCUAGGUAUGGAAAUGCCGAAGCAGGUUGCGGUUGACGCUAUGGAGGCUGAGGUGUUUAUGGAGUGGGAUUCCCCGACUCGGUAUUGGUUUAUGACGAUUUAGGGGGCGUGAUAGGAAGUGGGAAAACUUGAAAGUGACAUUAAAAUAGCGGUAACUACAGCUACAAACCAGCCAAUGCACAUUUUCACAGAUGGCAAAGACGGGUUUCAUUUUGACAAAGAG